UUGCUCUUCAGCUAUGUUAUACAUUCAAGAUGCGACACAAAAUGUCAAUUUUUAGGUAUUGCACUGCUCGAUGCCGCAGGCGAAGUGAAAGGCAUAGCUGGGGCCUGUCCCACGCUACACAACAGCAAGCUCAUCAAGAUCGCUCCCGUAUUUGCCUCCAACCAAGAAGAUGCCAGCUAUCUCAUCAAAUGUAUAACGAAUAUGUAUCAUGAGCCAGACAACAAGUUUGUGCUUCAUGUUUCAACGGAAACCGCAGGAGAUUGGAUUUUGAAGAAGUGCCGGGAUGCGAAGAUCCCGCUCGCAUUUGUCGGAACGGCGGCUAACGCGACAUAUAACGGUAUCAUGUACAAGGAUCCCUGUAACACCGAGCGAAUGUUUCUCCCAAUGAAUUGUCCCAUAUAUUUCGAUAGAUAA